AUGGGAGACCCGCUGAAAUCUGCAGGGUCGUCCAAACAAAUCAGCACCUGCAGUAAAAUCUCAUCCCUGGGUCCUCCUCGCCAUGUUCGCGGACCUUCUGCUCCUCGCCGAGCACCAUCGCUGCAUCGCCAGUCCAGUCCUAUUUCCCCGCCGGGAUGUCCGUCACCGCCAGCGGCGUCGCAACCUGAGGUUAAGAAGGGAACUUCACUGCUGGAAUGGGCCAACCAAGUUAUACCUCAAGGUCAACUAGUUAACGGUGUAAAGCAGGGCUGGCGGUUGGCCUGGCAGGUCAUGAUGCAGGAGCUGGCACCCCAGACACGGCGGGGGCAAUACAGCCGACCGCAAUACGCGUUCAGUGGCCGCAUCGGCGACGGUACACUCUUUCCUCGCGAUGUUGCCGUACUGCUGUACCCCGCCAGGCAGGUCUACGACAUCUGCCAGCCUGGAUUUCGGGGCCGCUGUACGGCACCGUUGAUGGUGGACCGGGUACGGCGUGUGGCCGUGUGCAACGAAAGUUCGGAGAUUGUACGGAGCUUGGACGAGAUGCACCUACCGGGGUGUACGGACGUGCAGCUACGGCCGCGCCACCUGACGUCGCAAAUUGAUGAGUUGAACGCUAAAGUGAGCGGCACUGUGGAUCUAGACGCAGCCCGCGUGUCGUACUUCAAGAACCUUUUCCCGCUCAACCCGGGGGGUAUUGUGCCGGCCGGGCCCACCGCUGCCGACCUCCAGCUAGAGCAGCCGGCGGGGCGAGGCUGCUCGGCGCUUCAGGGUGUUUGCUAUCCGCGUGACACAGGAACCGCAGAUGCCGCAUCUGGCGCGGCUGCGGGGUUGUCGACCGCACGGACACAGUUCGCGCGCGGCUUGCGGCGGGCCUAUUCGAACGCUGUGCCGAGUGGAAUGGCUAUGGGAGCCCUAAUGCGAGGAGCCAGCGAUCUAGAAAUCCUGCCUCGCUAUUUCACUCGACCUGCGGAGGCCUUUGAGCUCGAGGAUUUGGACCGCUACGACUUGGUCAUGGCGCUAGAUUCGCAGAUUCUGGACGAGAUGCGCCAAAUGGUGCUUUCGGAGCACCAAGCCGGACCGGAUCGAGACUACUACCUCGAGCUGUCCUUCCUGCUGAAGACUGGGGCCGGUGGCCUCAAGGCGAGCAAGGCGGUGGUGGACAUCGCCUCACCCGACCUCUCUUCCCCCGAUGGAGCCGCACAAUGGGAGGCCACCGUGGCUGCUCUCAUCCUCUCGACCGCCAGCCUAGUAAAGUACCUCAUAGAUGCCUACCCGGAAAACCUGCCCCACUGGGACCCCAUAGACUGA